UAUUCAAUAUGUUCGCACCCUAUUUCUUGUUCUUUCUCGUUCUGAUAAAUUUGCUUGGAGCCCAGAAGAACGACUGCCCCAGAUUUCCGUGGUACGAUACAAAAAAACAACGCGCCGAAGUCUGUCUUGUGGACUUACCGCCCCUGUUUAAGCUCCUUUCGAAUGAUACAAAGAAGGAUACCAUAUCUAGUGCACUUGACAAAAUUGAAAGUGCCCUGGGAAACACAAAGAAGGAAAUUAAUUCUAUGGAACCCUAUGUGGAAAAGCAGAUGAAGGAACUUAAGAAAAAAAUAGAACGAGAGCACAAGAUAAAAGAACUGGAAGCAGCCCUGAAAUUAACGUCCAGAACCCUUCACUGUACGCUGGAGAACAAGAAAAUCAAAAACCUUGGGAUGUUGAAUCCAAAGUUCGAGAAAAUAGGCUCGAGGUACUUUUACAUCGAGAAGUAUGUGAGGCAGGAUUGGUUCGAUGCGUGGCAAAAAUGUCGUGAGAUAGGCGGCCACCUGGCAUUUCCCCAAAACGAGGCCGAACUGCAUCUAAUCUACAAAAAACUUGAACCCCGUUGGUACUGGAUCGACCUCAGCGAUCUGGUGGAUGUGCACAAGUGGAGGUCCUUGUUGACCGGGCAGGACGCUCCUUUUCCACUGGUUUGGAACCCGGGCGAGCCGAAAAAGAAUGGAUCUCAGGAGCGCUGCGUGUUUGCGUACGCAAAUAAACUAUCCACCGUCCACUGUGACUAUAGAUGUUUAUACAUUUGCCAAGCCGUCGAUUAGUUAAAAAUAAAUGAUUAAUUACUGAUUUAACAUACAA